GGUGGUCUAUUCCCACACACUCCUCCUCCUCCUCCUCCUCCUCUUCUUCUCUUGUCUCUUUGCCAACUAUGUGAAACGCAAUCCGGGCGCCAGGAGUUAUUUUAGACCCUCGUGUUCUCUGUUUCUUUCUCUCCACCUCGAGAGGAUCAUGGACGGAGCGCUGAGGGGAUCCAGCAGCUCCUCCCGCCGGUUUCAGCUGAACCCAUUCGGAGUAAAAUGAGGGACCCGAGCCGCCUCCGCUCCCCGGUCACUGCUGCUCCUCUCCUGGCCGCUCUUCUCCAAUGUCUCUGCCGGUAGUCCUGCCCGGUUCCUGCUGUCGCUUAGCCCGGGCUUCUCUAGCCCCUCACUUCGGAGAGCCCUCGCCGUCUUCCAGAGGCCGCAGCCGCUGCUGCUCGGCCGCCGCUCGGUGGCGAAUGUCCGGCUCCCAGGCGCGGCUCUCCCCCGCGCUGCUGCCCGCUCGACCGCUGCUCUCGCUCGGGCUGCUGCAGCUGGUCCUCGGCUGCUCCAUGGUAGCGCUGUCCUUUGGGGCUCUGUCCCUCAGUAACUCGCCUCCCAUCCGGAAUUCGUGCCCGUUUUGGGCAGGAUCUUCAGUCAUCCUCUCGGGGAUUAUCGGUCUCACAACAUGGAAGCGGCCAAUGCUCCUGCUGGUGAACUUGUUCGUGUUGUUGUCGGUGGUGUGUAUCCUGCUGAACCUGGCAGGCUUCAUCCUGUGCUGUCAGGGAGCACAGCUGGUGUCCAGCACCAUCAACUGUCAGGCGAGCGAGCAUGAAGAUAUCUGUAACUGCUGUGCUGAUAGCCCCAUCAGCCAGUGCCAGGAGGAGAAGCUGAUAAAGAUUUACGCUGGCCACUCGUGCGGGACAAUGAGAGUGCUGCUGAAGAAAGUUCUGUUUGCACUGUGCGCGUUGAACGCACUGACAACUGCAGUGUGUCUGAUCGCAGCUGCGUUACGGUACCUCCAGAUAUUCUCAGCCAGGCGGCCGUGCAUGGAAGAGCCGCGGAACGUUCCAGAAGAAGGAGAGGAGCAGCAGCGCAGCCCUGAUCCUGAGGAGUUCAUCGCCCCCGCACCGCCUCCAUCCUACUUCUCCACCUUCUACUCCUACACCCCACGACUGGCCCGCAGGAUGUUUGGUGACAGUGUGAUUCCACUGCCUCAUAUAUACGGAGCGAGAAUCAAAGGAGUAGAGGUGUUCUGUCCCCUCGAUCCUCCUCCACCUUACGAAGCUGUUGCAGCAGGAGAGAAUCAGCCACUUCAGGCACAGGACUUUGAGCUUCAAGUGACAGAAGUGAGCGAGAGGCUGUCCCACUGCUCCGAGACGGACCCGGCCAGCGAGGACAGGUGUAUGCAGACAGCCAUACUGAGUCCCACGCCUCCUUUACAGCCCCGUCACGCUCCCAACACAGCCACGUCCAGCAAAAGACCCCACAAACAGUGUCUCCGCAGGUCCAACAGUGACCCCGUGCUCCUGGACCUGACUGCUAAAGUAAUGAGCUGUGAAGCAGCCACACAGACAGAAGUGAGUUCUGGCACAGGGCCAGCAGAGCAGGCCACGGUCACCCUGCGGAGGGGGAAGGGCCCCCGGCGGCCGCGUCCCUCCUCCCUGGUGGACUAUCAGAGCUACAGGGACACCAAGCUGCUCGUGGCCCGUUUCCUGCAGCAGUCCUCGUGCAGCCUGACCCCCGAGGUCCAGGAACUCAUCAACAACAUCAAGACAGUGCUGCAGUCGGACGAGGAGCACAUGGAGGAGGCCGUGCGCUGCGCCAGCUUCAUCGACCAGGUCAUCACCGGGUCAGACGGUGGUCCGGCUCGUGCAGCCCAGGCCAGACGACCACAACCAGACUAUACCUCCAUCACGCUGCCGCUGCGCAAACGGCCGGGCCUGCUGCACCUGCGCAGCUGCGGGGAUCUCAGCACCUUCACCUGGGCUGAGCUGAGCAGGCCGGGCUCUCGGACUGGAUCCCGCCGGCUGGGGCAGGAGCGUCCGCACAGCCUGAUCGGAGUGUCCAGAGAAACUGUUCUCUAAACACUGAAUAGACUUUCCUGUGACUUACUGUCUUUUCUUUCUUUUUUUUUUUUUUUUAGUUUUUAAACAUUUUUUACAUAUGUGGGUGUUUGAGGGAUGAGAGGACUGGUCGAUUUGAGUGUUGUUGUUUUUUUUUUUAUGUGGCACAGUUCAGUUCAGAUGCAUUGAAAUGUAUGGCAGCCACUGUUAUCGGAUGUGAAUUUUUUUUUAUAAGUUUUGUUAGAAAUGAUGCACUGUUUCACAAAAACACUGGAAAACAGAACUUAUUCAGUUGAAGUAAACUGAACAGUAGAAAUAAAAUAAAGAGCAGAUUCAUACGCCUAAACCCAUCCCAAGCUUUACUUGGCUGGAACUGUAUUAUUUUUUAUUGUUAUUUAAUAUGAGAUUAAUAGGAGAACGCGUCUUUAUUUUAUUAUGAUUUCAUUAUUUUAACCUUGUGAUUCUGAGUAAUAAUAAUAUUUCCCCGUUUCUCUUCAGUAUCACACCUUCAGUCCUAAUUGCGAAAUGGAAUGUUUAUUAAUAACGUGUCUUACACCACAGGCAGCACAAUGAAAGGAUUUAUGUUCUAAAAGACGUUUAGUGAAUUAGUAAGUGAAAUGUCUGUAAUGCAGAAGAUUGUUUCAGUUCAAAGUUAAGAAAUGAAAGCUUUGACAAUCAUGUACAAAAUAAUAAUAAACAUUAUUUUCAAACAUUA